AAACGUAAAAAGAAAGCCUAUUUCCCUCUCCCUCUCUCGUUCGUCCGCUUUGUUCUCCGUCCCGCUACCGCCCGCGAUGGCGGAGCUCCUCUUCUUCGGCGACGACGGGGACGACGGAUUCGGCGACUUUACAUUCGUCGCCUCCUCGUCCUCCUUAUCUGCCGCCCCUUCCCCGCUGCCGCCCUCUCUCUUCCCCGAACCCGGCCCCCCGCCGCCGCCGCCGCCGGAAGACGACGACUGGGGCGACUUCGUCGUCAGCUCGCCCGGAUCCCAUGCCCCCUCCCAAAACCCGCCGCUCCCCUUCGAUGCCUUCCCCGAUGCCGCCCCGAUCGCCGCGCCUCAGGACGUGGCCGACGCCGGCAAGACGUGGGAGAAGGUCAGGGGAGCGAUUCCGCUCUCCAUAUUCGGAGAAGAGGAGGUGGAAGAGCCCGAGACCUUGGAUCCCCCAACCCUCUUUGGCAACGGGUUCUCGUCUUCUUCUUCUUUGAAGAGUCCAACGAAGAAUGGGAUUGGAUCGGAUGCGGGUGCUGGAUUAAAGGACCUGAUUGCGGAUCUUUACGGCCAGGCGGGAACGGCUGGUGGUGUCGGCUGUGAGGAGACGAAGGUUGGAUCUGAUCCGGUUGAUGGGGAUGAUGACUUCGAUGAGAGUAGUUGGGAAUUUAAGGAUGCCUCCUCGCCGGACUCCGGGGUUAAGAAAGAAGAAAAGGGCUCUGACAUCUCUGGGCUUGAUAAAAAAGCAGCGGCAAAUGGUAACGGAAUCGAGGUUGUGGAUAAUAGGUCGGGAGAUCUUUGGAGAACCACCGGUCUGCUUAAUGUCAGCAACGGCGAGCGAGAUCUGAGUCAUAUAUUUUCCCAGCAUGAUGGAUUUACGAACGGGUGGAACUUUGAUUCUGGUGUUCUUCCUUAUAAGAAUUCGGGCUUAGACACGUACCAGCAAACCAAAGAUGUCGAGAAUGGAAAUGGAUCGCUUCACAAUCUGGAGAAUAAUGGAGAAGAUAGCUGGGAAUUUCAGGAUGUGUUUCCUAAAAGUAAAGUUGAAAAAGCUGUUUCGGAACAAGAGAAGACUUCAGAUGCUGAAGCGGAAUUGCUUGCAACCAAAAACGGCACUCAGGGCACCAUCUUGUGGGAGAAUAAUCUUGGUGAUUGGCCUGCAUCUACUUACACAAAUGGACACGAAGAUCCUGGAACCUUUAAGGAUAAUAAUGGGUUCCUUUGUGACCCUAGCUACGUGGGAAAUGAAAUCAAGGACUUGAGUUAUAAUUCAGUUGUUGAUUUUAAUGAUAGCAUCUCAAAUUUGUACAAAAAGGCUGAUCUAGAAAAUGUUCAGCUCACACAAAAUCCCAGAGAAAAUGGACAAAGCUCAGCUGAAUGCUCACAUUCUGUCAGCACAAAUGGUAAUGAUGACUUUGAUGAAAUUGAUUGGGAAUUCCAGAAGGCUACAGAAACAAUAGUCAGUGAUCAGAAUUCUUCAGUCCAAACAGAUCAAUGUAAUUCUACUGAGUUGGCGCACAACAUUUUUCUAGAUCUGUUCCGUAGAUUGAAAGAAGAAGCAUUAUUCUUAACAGUUCAUGUUCUUGAUGAUCUCAAGAAAGCUCAAAAGGUUGCUUCUCUCUCUGGUGAACAAGCUAAAGCAAUGACAAUCAAUGAGGAAAUCCAGGAAGCUUAUAAGAAGUUGGGAGAAGCCAUAGUUGCCAAGGAUGCUUACAUUAAGAAACACCCAUCAAAAGAUGUGUGUGUUAGUCAACUGCUUAAAGUCAUAGGAGAACCACAGUUCAAAGCUAUUGAGCAAGAAUAUCACUUGUCAGAAAAAAUAUUGUCGGCAGGGAAAGAUUUAGGUUCAGCAAUUAAACUUUUUGAGCAUUCCACCUCAAUACUGCAUAUCUUGGAAUUAGCAUCCAAAGAGGAACAGCAUGCUUAUGUUAGUGCCUGGUCUAGUAUGGCUCUCGCUUGUGCUCAAGAGUUGCAGCAUGGAGCCAUGAUUUGGGCAGAAUCGCUUGGUGCAAAUGUCUACAAACAAAUAUUAUCUCAAGGAGAUCAAUAUUUUCUUUCCCUUGGCGAGAUUUAUAGAGCCGCUGAAAUUUUAAGGGCCUCUAUGAAAUUUUACAAGCCUUGGUUUUUAACUAAUCAAGGGGUCUCAUGCAAAGUACAAGCUUGCUUGGAGAAGUGUGCUGACGCAUGGAUAACCAGCGGUUUGGAGAGAGCUCUUGAAAGCAUUUCUAGUGCCACUGGUGAACAUGCAGGAGUAGCAAAAGUAUUGCUUGAAUCCAUUAAAUUAUUUCAUGACCUAGAUGAGUUCCCUCUUCCAAAAAAUAUGCUUGACCAUGACAGAAUAAUUUGUAAGAUAUCAUUAUUGCCCAUGGCACUAUUAAAAGAUAUGAAAACAGUGGUUUGGAAUGGGGAACAUUAUUGUGUCAAGCUUGCAAAUUUUUGGGCUAAUAGGAUAUCUCCUGAUCCUCCUCAGUUGCCACAUAUACAUGUCAGCUAGCUUGGAAAUCCAACUAAUUGUAAGCAGGUUCUUCUAGAGCUGGUGGAGGUGCCCUGCUAUCGUGUGAAGAGCAAUUCUUAUUCGGAUCAAGCUGUGACUCUUGUGGAUAAUGCUGAUAGAAAAACAUCAAGAGUGCACCUUGAUUGCUGAAAGAAUGUUCCGGUCAACAUAGAAUUGGAACCACUGGCUAUAUGGUGGAACAUAUCCAUCCAAGUGCACCUUCAUGAGGUCUGUGUAAUGCAAGGCUGGUGCUGUCGUGGUCGAUUCAUUCAUCUUCCUAGUUCAUUUUUUUUUCCUUUUUGAUGUUAGUCCCACUAUAUUCUGGAAAUCGCUAUUUGUAAAUCCCUGCUUGCUUAUCAUUCUUUCGUGUCAUUAAAAUGUCAGUGAUAGAUGCUACAUGGCCAAGGUUGGCAUUUGAUAAUUCUGGGGUUAGAAAAAUUAUGGGAUGCGAAAGGUUUUCCGAGAUGAUAAAUAUACUUGGUAAUCACAAGGCCUUCAAGUUUGGAGUCUUGAGUCUGGUUUCAUUUUCAUUUUUCUCUGGUUGGUUUUUGGGCUGCAGAGAAGCCAAUGCUGCAGUACAGAGAAUAUGAUCGGCAUUUGUAAGAUUUCAAGUAGAGUCAUGAAUGCAAUUACAAUUACUAUUGCAAUGUAAUAUUAAACUCCUUAGAUUUGUUUUCUAGUUGUAUUUAUUGAUUUUAAAAGGAAA